AGUAAUCAAGAGACAGACGUUAUAAGUCCAGACAUCACAACUCCUUCAUCCGACAUUGAAAACACCCCAGAAGCUACGGAAUCGUCUGAACAAGGAACAGACGCUGCAUCCACAGACAUUGCUCCUCCACCUGACGUUGAGGAUCCUCCGGCUACCACAGAACAGACUGAUCAAGCGACGGAUGUGGCAUCUGCGGACAUGACAACGCCUCCAUCUGAUCAGGAAAACCCUUCAGCAACAACUGAAUUGGUAACAGAAAUGCAUAAAUGUGUCGCAUUUGUUUUGUAUCUCUAA